AUGAGCAGCGACGACGAAGACUUCGUAGUCGAAGGCCCCGAGUUGGCCGCAGACGAUCCUAUGCGCGCGUUUCUACCGGCGUCAUUUGGAAAAAAGACAAAGGAAGCCAACAUCGCCGCCCAGAUCGAUCGGAGCCGGAGAGUGGCAGAGAAGCCGUCGACGGGAGCUUCCGUUGAGGGAUCCGCAGGUCCGCCAAGUGCUGAUCACAAAGAAAAGAAGUCCGACUCAGACAAUGACAGUGACAGCGACGACUCCGAUUCAGACGACUCCGAAGAUGGCGACGACUACCCAGUCUCGCACGAAUUGGUACUGAAAACCCACGAAAGAGCAGUCACCACAGUAACGCUGGACCCAGCAGGUGGAAGACUCGUGUCAGCCUCACUCGACUGCAAAAUCAACUUGCACGACUUCGCGUCCAUGACACCCAGUACUUUACGAGCAUUUCGAAGCGUUGAUCCAUGGGAAGCGAAAUCGUCUGCCGCGAAUGCCGAGUCGCACCCGAUCCACCACGUCGAGUUCAACCCCCUCGCUGGGAGCGUGUUUCUCUGCGUAUCGGCACACCCGCAGGCAAAGAUUAUGUCGAGAGACGGCGACAUUUUGACCGAAUUUGUCAAGGGCGACAUGUACCUCAGGGACAUGAACAACACCAAGGGGCACAUCUCAGAAGUAACCACAGGAACAUGGCAUCCAACCGACAAGAAUCUCUGUGUGACUGCUGGCACCGACAGUACCCUGAGAAUCUGGGAUAUCAACAACAAGCGCAGUCAGAGGGACGUGAUUGUCUUCAAGUCCAAGGCGGCGGGAUCUGCUGGGCGAACGAGGAUGACGGCGGUUGCCUGGGGCGCGCCGGCACAAGGUGGCAACAACGUGUUGGUCGCGGCGGCAUUAGACGGCUCACUGGUUAUGUACAGCGGCAGUAGCCCGUUCUCUCGGCCGACCGCAGAGAUUCGAGACGCCCACAAAGCCGAUACCUGGACCGGAGGUGUGGAUAUCUCCUCCGACGGCCGUAUGGUCGUCACCCGCGGAGGUGACAAUACGAUCAAGUUGUGGGACACACGGAAGUUCAAGACGCCUCUUGUCACAGUGGACCAUGCUUCGACGUCAGAUCACUUCCCGAUGAGCAACAUCAGGUACUCUCCCAACUCGACCAGCAUUUUGACAGGUUCCGCAACAGGCGACCUGCACAUUCUGAAUCCCGGAAAUCUGAGAGCCGAACAUGUCACACCAAUUACACCCGGAGCACCUCUCAUCACUGUUGACUGGCAUCCCAAGAUAAAUCAGAUUAUCACGGGGUCUGCGAAUGGCGAAACACAUGUGCUUUACAGCCCGACAAUGUCGAUGCGGGGCGCUGUGGAAGUUAUGUCACGAGCGCCAAAGAAGAGGCACAUCGACGACGAUCCGUCCCGAACGACGGAUAUGACGACGGGAAUGUCUGGAGAUGCUAUCAUCACACCAGGAAGCGCAAUGGCUAGCCGCAGAAAUGCGGGAGUCACAGCUUCAGGCAAGUCCAAGGAUCCCAGAAGACCAGCAGUCUUGGAGCAAACGCCUUUCAUGCGAAACCAGCCGGACGAAAAGCACAUUGCAGAGAACAUUCCUCUCGCCAAGAUGCUUCACGAAGACCCCAGAGAGGCACUGCUGAAAUAUGCCGAUGCUGCAAAGAAAGACCCAAUGUUUACUGCGGCGUGGCAGACGACCCAGCCCGUCACUCAAUACGCGGAUGUGAGUGACGACGAAGGGGAGCCGGACAAGAAAAGGGUGAAGCGGUGA